AUGAUUUAUUGGAUUCUCGCGUUUCUUCUCAUAAGCCAUAGUCUGGCAGUGCCUGUAGACUUGGAGGAUAAAGAAAAGCCUCAACAGACGCCUUUGAAACCUGAACUCGGUAGCUUAAAAGCACCAGCUGAUAAAGUGCCCUUAGACAAGUCAGAUGACCUGGAAGCUGAUCCAAGUGUGUGGUUCAGUUAUCACCACAGUUUUAAUAGUUACCCGCCACCACCACUGAUUAUCCCACGACCGAGAGUAUACAGCUAUUAUGCAGACUAUAGCUACACGCCUUACUACUGGAGCAGCUGGUAA